AUGAAUUUCACAGAGUUUAGCAAAAUUCAUUCUUCUUACUUCCUCCUCUAUCCUUUCUUAUUUUCACCUAUCCUACUCUUUCUUUCUUUCUUUUUCGCUUUUUUCUAUUUUGCUUUCAUUCUUCUUCUCCCUCCUCUAUCUAUUCUUUCUUUCACUUACCCAACUGUUUCUUUUUUUUUUGCUUUUUUCUAUUUUGCUUUCAUUCUUCUUCUCCCUCCUCUAUCUAUUCUUUCUUUCACUUACCCAACUGUUUCUUUUUUUUUUGCUUUUUUCUAUUUUGCUUUCAUUCUUCUUCUCCCUCCUCUAUCUAUUCUUUCUUUCACUUACCCAACUGUUUUUUUUUUUUUUUUUUUAUUUUGCUUUCAUUCUUCUUCUCCCUCCUCUAUCUAUUCUUUCUUUCACUUACCCAACUGUUUUUUUUUUUUUUGCUUUUUUUCUAUUUUUGCUUUCAUUCUUCUUCUCCUCCUCUAUCUAUUCUUUCUUUCACUUACCCAACUGUUUCUUUUUUUUUUUUUUUUUUUCUAUUUUGCUUUCAUUCUUCUUCUCCCUCCUCUAUCUAUUCUUUCUUUCACUUACCCAACUGUUUCUUUUUUUUUUGCUUUUUUUUCUAUUUUGCUUUCAUUCUUCUUCUCCUCCUCUAUCUAUUCUUUUCUUUCACUUACCCAACUGUUUCUUUUUUUUUUUUGCUUUUUCUAUUUUUUGCUUUCAUUCUUCUUCUCCCUCCUCUAUCUAUUCUUUCUUUCACUUACCCAACUGUUUUUUUUUUUUUUGCUUUUUUUCUAUUUUGCUUUCAUUCUUCUUCUCCCUCCUCUAUCUAUUCUUUCUUUCACUUACCCAACUGUUUCAUUUUUUUUUUUUUUUUUUUCUAUUUUGCUUUCAUUCUUCUUCUCCCUCCUCUAUCUAUUCUUUCUUUCACUUACCCAACUGUUUUUUUUUUUUCGCUUUUUUUUUCUAUUUUGCUUUCAUUCUUCUUCUCCCUCCUCUAUCUAUUCUUUCUUUCACUUACCCAACUGUUUUUUUUUUUUUGCUUUUUUUCUAUUUUGCUUUCAUUCUUCUUCUCCCUCCUCUAUCUAUUCUUUCUUUCACUUACCCAACUGUUUCUUUUUUUUUUGCUUUUUUCUAUUUUGCUUUCAUUCUUCUUCUCCCUCCUCUAUCUAUUCUUUCUUUCACUUACCCAACUGUUUUUUUUUUUUUGCUUUUUUCUAUUUUGCUUUCAUUCUUCUUCUCCUCCUCUAUCUAUUCUUUCUUUCACUUACCCAACUGUUUUUUUUUUUUUGCUUUUUUCUAUUUUUGCUUUCAUUCUUCUUCUCCUCCUCUAUCUAUUCUUUCUUUCACUUACCCAACUGUUUCUUUUUUUUUUGCUUUUUUCUAUUUUGCUUUCAUUCUUCUUCUCCCUCCUCUAUCUAUUCUUUCUUUCCUUACCCAACUGUUUUUUUUUUUUUUUGCUUUUUUCUAUUUUGCUUUCAUUCUUCUUCUCCCUCCUCUAUCUAUUCUUUCUUUCACUUACCCAACUGUUUCUUUUUUUUUGCUUUUUCUAUUUUGCUUUUCAUUCUUCUUCUCCUCCUCUAUCUAUUCUUUUCUUUCACUUACCCAACUGUUUCUUUUUUUUUUUUUUUUCUAUUUUGCUUUCAUUCUUCUUCUCCUCCUCUAUCUAUUCUUUCUUUCACUUACCCAACUGUUUUUUUUUUUUGCUUUUUUCUAUUUUGCUUUCAUUCUUCUUCUCCCUCCUCUAUCUAUUCUUUUUUUCUUUCACUUACCCAACUGUUUUUUUUUUUUUGCUUUUUUUCUAUUUUGCUUUUCAUUCUUCUUCUCCUCCUCCUCUAUUCUAUUCUUUCUUUCACUUACCCAACUGUUUUUUUUUUUUUUGCUUUUUUCUAUUUUGCUUUCAUUCUUCUUCUCCUCCUCUAUCUAUUCUUUCUUUCACUUACCCAACUGUUUUUUUUUUUUUGCUUUUUCUAUUUUGCUUUCAUUCUUCUUCUCCCUCCUCUAUCUAUUCUUUCUUUCACUUACCCAACUGUUUUUUUUUUUUUUUUUUUUUCUAUUUUGCUUUCAUUCUUCUUCUCCUCCUCUAUCUAUUCUUUCUUUCACUUACCCAACUGUUUUUUUUUUUUUUUUUUUUUCUAUUUUGCUUUCAUUCUUCUUUCUCCCUCCUCUAUCUAUUCUUUCUUUCACUUACCCAACUGUUUUUUUUUUUGCUUUUUUCUAUUUUGCUUUCAUUCUUCUUCUCCCUCCUCUAUCUAUUCUUUUUUUCACUUACCCAACUGUUUUCUUUUUUUUUUUUUUUUUUCUAUUUUGCUUUCAUUCUUCUUCUCCCUCCUCUAUCUAUUCUUUUCUUUUUUACCCAACUGUUUUUUUUUUUUUUUUUUUGCUUUUUUUCUAUUUUGCUUUCAUUCUUCUUCUCCCUCCUCUAUCUAUUUUCUUUCACUUACCCAACUGUUUUUUUUUUUUGCUUUUUUUCUAUUUUGCUUUCAUUCUUCUUCUCCUCCUCUAUCUAUUCUUUCUUUCACUUACCCAACUGUUUUUUUUUUUUUUUUGCUUUUUUUUCUAUUUUGCUUUCAUUCUUCUUCUCCCUCCUCUAUCUAUUCUUUUCUUUCACUUACCCAACUGUUUUUUUUUUUUUGCUUUUUUUCUAUUUUGCUUUCAUUCUUCUUCUCUCCCUCCUCUAUCUAUUCUUUUCUUUCACUUACCCAACUGUUUCUUUUUUUUUUUUUUUUUUUUUUUUUAUUUUGCUUUCAUUCUUCUUCUCCCUCCUCUAUCUAUUCUUUCUUUCACUUACCCAACUGUUUCUUUUUUUUUUGCUUUUUUCUUUUCGCUCUUUUCUUUUUCACUUUCUUUCUUCAUCCUCCCACUCUUCUCUCUUUUUCUCUCCUUUUCAUUUUCUUUCCUCUUCCCAUCCAUACAUUCUUCAUUUUUUUCUUUCAAUAA